AUGUCGAAUCCAGAUACCCCCAUUACCGGGACUGAUUCCCUUGAUGAAUUCGCCCCACAAACAGGCUCUUCGCAGACGUCCACGCCGAUGACAGACGGACCCGACCAAGACCAGAAGACCACGCCGCAGGAUAAGAUGGAUUUAUCGGAGGAUAUUGAGGGGAUGGAUGUGAAGGCGAAGGCGCUGAUGCAUCUUCUUAACACCAGUGAGGUCUUCGUUGCGAUAAUGGCGGACAAAAUGAAGAAACAGCAGGAAGAGGCGAGACUUGAAGCAGCCAAGCAACAACAACAGCAGCAGCAAGGGAAAAAGACUGAAACCAAACCCAAGGGUGCUAGCGAGCCGGUUGGACGGCGACAGACGCGUACGAGUGCAAGGCAGUCCGCUGCCACCACAACGGAAGCUGCCGUUGAAGAAGGGAAGAAGGAGGAAGAACAGGAAACCACUAAGACCAGGAGAGGCCGGGGAAGGAAGCCUGCUUCUGCGGCUGCGAAUGGCAACACCAUCUCCAGCUACUUCAAGAAGGCGGAUGUGAAGGUCGAUGAGGAUAAGCCGACGGUUCAGGAAGCUUUGGAGCAUGCCGCAGAUGAGUAUGAAGCGAAUCCAACGGCACUAGGUGGUCAGGAACUAGUUGCUACCCAGCAGCCGGAGUUGGUGACCGGAGGGAAGAUGAAGAAGUAUCAAUUGGAGGGGUUGGAGUGGCUCAAGUCGCUAUGGAUGAAUGGACUGUGUGGCAUUCUGGCUGAUGAGAUGGGCCUUGGGAAGACCGUUCAGGCUAUCUCACUAAUUGCGUUCUUUAAGGAGAAGAAUGUCUCUGGCCCUUUCCUGAUAGCUGCUCCCUUGAGCACGGUGAGCAAUUGGGUGGACGAGUUUGCAAAGUGGACGCCUGGAAUUAAGACGGUUUUGUACCAUGGGACAAGGGAUGAACGUGCAACCAUUAGGAGGAAGUUCAUGAACAUGAAGGACCAGAGGAGCGCGGAUUUUCCUGUCGUCUGCACUUCCUAUGAAAUCUGCAUGAACGAUCGAAAGUUCCUCGCGCAAUAUCAGUGGCGGUAUAUCAUUGUGGAUGAAGGACAUCGCUUGAAGAACAUGAACUGCAAACUGAUCAAGGAAUUGCUCACCUACAACUCGGCCAACAGGCUCCUCAUCACGGGCACACCAUUACAGAACAACAUCACCGAACUUUGGUCAUUACUGCACUUCCUCUUACCUGAGAUCUUCAAUGAUCUCAACAGCUUCCAGGGUUGGUUUGACUUCUCGUCCAUGCUGGACAACAAUGGUCAGACGGAUGUCAUGGAACGUCGAAAGCGCACGCUGGUCUCCACCAUGCACUCGAUCUUGAAGCCUUUCCUCCUCAGACGUGUGAAGACCGAUGUUGAGACGUCCCUUCCCAAGAAGCGGGAGUACAUCCUAUAUGCGCCGUUGACAGCAGAACAGAAAGACCUUUAUCGUGAGAUUCUCAACGGCACUGGUCGCCAGUACCUCGAGGAAAAAGCCACGGAACGUCUCAUGGCUAAGAGUGGAAGACCGUCACGAUCUCAGAGCCUGAAACGCAGCGCUGAUACCAGCGAAGCUUCAUCACCGAACAAGAGUCUCAAAUCUAGCCGCUCAUCCACACCAGCCAGUGCAGCAUUGCCCACAUCCCGGAGACGCGGCAAGGUGUCGAGCUACAAGGAGCUGAGCGACCGCGAAUUCAACUCUAGACUUCGCAGACUCGAGCAAGGCUUAGAAGAAGAUCUGGACAUCGCUGAACAACCCAGCGAGACAGAACAGGAGGAGCAAGAGAGAGCCAAAACCAUCCGGCUUGCCAAGAAAGAAAUCGCUCAAAAGAAGAUGCAAAACCCCAUCAUGCAAGCCCGACUUGCUUGCAACUCCCCACAUAACUUCUACUGGCCAUGGAUGGACGAUCCAACCUCUAUCGACGAAACCCUCGUCACAGCAUCUGGCAAAAUGCUCCUCCUAGACCGGCUAGUCCCCUGCCUUCUCAAAAAGGGCCACAAAAUUCUCAUCUUCUCCCAAUUCAAGACCCAACUCGACAUCCUCCAAGACUGGGCCACGCAACUACGCUCCUGGAACUGCUGCCGCAUCGACGGCGCCGUCAGCCAAGAAGACCGCCGCGCACAAAUCAAAGCCUUCAACACCGACAAAGACUACAAGCUCUUCCUCCUCAGCACUCGCGCCGGUGGCCAAGGGAUCAACCUCAUGGCCGCCGACACCGUCAUCCUCUUCGACUCCGACUGGAACCCGCAGCAGGAUCUGCAGGCGCAAGACCGCGCCCACCGCAUCGGGCAAACGAAACCGGUUAUUGUCUAUCGCCUUGCGACAAAGGGAACCGUGGAACAGACGCUGCUCGAGAAAGCGGACUCGAAGCGUCGUCUCGAAAGGUUGGUUAUUCAGAAGGGCAAGUUCCGGAGUCUGUUGGACUCCGGUGGACUUAGCUCCAAUGAUGUUGAUGAUUUGAAGAAGGCGCUGGGGCAGGAUGAAUAUGAGAGCUUUGAGGCUGGUGCGGACCCGGCCACUUUGCUUUCGAAGAAGGAUUUGGAUAUCUUGACGGAUCGCAGUGAGGAGGCGUAUGCUCGUGCUGAGAAGGGAUUGGAUACUACUGGACGGGCCUUCAUGGCUGUCGAGACGAAGAGGGAUGGUGAUGGUUUAAUGGCGCAGAUUAUUGGGAAGUAA